CUCACCCGUGAAGUUCAUGGAAGUGAAGGCACCGGAUCAAACCUUUUGAAGAUGAUCUGGUGAUGGGAAGCAGCAUCGUAUCUCGCCAUCAUGAUCUGUUUACACUCUGCUCCAUGAAGGGGACAUUCCGAACCAGUACGGGCUUCAGUAAGUCCCAUGGCUCCUUUUUCGCAAGCCUCCUGGAAACAGCACCAUUUCCCAACCUUUGCGAAAAAGACGAAAUCCAACAAGUGGUUGAUGUGUUCCUUGUUCCCCGAAGGGAUAAGCGCUUGGAAAUGCUCGAUGACUUGGGCAUGAGAUGCUACCGGUAUUGUGAUCCUGUAGUUGUGCUUUUCGACCAGCUCGAGGAUAUUUUGUUGCCGAGUUUCCUGAGACAGCCGCAUCGAUUCUACCUCUGCUUUUGCCUGGUCUAGUGCAAUCUCCAGUUUGGAUUUCCCAGCACAUACAGAGUCAUCAAUGCGGGCCUGCUUGGUUUCGUGCAACUCCAUCUCCAAGCGAAGGAUCUUGCCCGCCUGAAUAUCGGCUGUGUGCUUUAGAUUACCGUUCUCUUUUUUCAGGAGCUCCAUCGACACGGCGUCCUUGUUCCCAGGCAGAUCCUGCUCAUUAACCUUUUCGCGUUCGCCGGGGCGUCCGGUGUCUUCGCUGCGCGUAGGUGCGGAAGACAUGAUCGUGUUGUUGGUGAUGCUGAGAGUUUGUGCCGUUGCUCAAAUGGUGGUGAUGAGGAGUAAAUUAUGUGAGAAGGAUAUUACUGCGGCAAGAAAAAUGAGGUGGUAGGUUGUGUGAGAACUAGAGGUUGGCAGGCUGGUGGAAGACUGGCUGAAUCGACUGCCAGCCAGCUCAUGACACUGCUGACAGCUGUCAAGUGGAUUCACUGUCACUGAACCAAAGAACGGUCAAUAAUUCUGACUUCUAUUGAACUCAAGCCAUUAGUUACGAAUUCGACACUCCAUAUCAGCAUAAGUGUCCGCUCAAGAAAAGGGGACUUUUGAGGCUCGACGUUAUGUGACCCGUGUCAACUCACUACUCAUCGUUCAGCUGCCCGAGCCCCCUUGUGGCCGAUGAUGCAUAUCAGUUACGAGUCAGUUUAUUUAUCCUUGAAUGAAUUCGAACGAUCGAUGAGAUACAACACGCUUAUUUUCCUUAGGCUUGCUCGCCAGUAGGAGAAAGGCAAGUCCCUGAGUUAAAACCCCUGAAAAGGCCCAUCUGGACGUACCGCUCCUCUUCAUUGGGGGAAUGGUGUUUUAUCACUUUCUGCACGAAAUCCUCACAUUUACGGUAGCAAAUCACAUAAAAUUUGUCAGAGGCGCCCCUUGUAUUUAUUUUCCGAAUACUUACCUUGUGAAUUACGUGUUCCAUCACAUCCCACCUGAGUACCCAUUCCUCAAAACAAGAACUCCCAAUAAACAAUGAGAAAAGAAAUAUACUAGA